GGCAUCAUGACGGUGAUCCUCGCCGACAAGCAGUUCAUCCAGUACUACAGCGUCGACGCCACCCGCUCCGGCACCAUCGCCGCCGUGCCCUGGGCAUCCACCGGCCUGGCCCAGCUGUUCGUGGGCGGCACGCUCGCGAACAAGGUUGGCAGGCUCUGGGCGCUGCGCAUCUCCAUUGCCUCCAUGAUCAUCGGCGUCAUCGUCCAGGUGGUGCCCAACACCUACGGUGUCCUGAUCCUCGGUCGCCUGAUCACCGGUCUGGGGUUUGGGUGCGUGUACAUCGCGUCAAACCUCUACGUCGCAGAGUGUUCGCCAAAGUUGCUCCGCGGGAGCUUCGUGGGGACCGUCGCCCAGUUUGGAUAUCAGCUUGGGACAUUCAUAGCGUUCUGGACCGGGUACGGCAUGUCGUUCCAUACGUCGCCCUUUAACAUCGCCUGGCGCGUCUCCAACGUGAUCCAAAUCCCGAUCGGCAUCGCCUUCAUCAUCCUCAGCUUCUGGUACCCGGAGUCGCCGCGCUGGCUGCUCGAGAAGGACAACCCGGACAAGGCGCUCCGCGUGCUCUGCAAGCUGCGCAUGGGCACGCCCCAGUCGGAACACGUCCGCGCCGAAUUCCACGAGCUGGUGGCCGCGCGGGAGUCCCGCCGCCGCUUCGACACCGGCUAUGCGGGCCUUUUCAAGUCUGCCGGCUUGCGGAAGCGCCUGUUGUACGGCUUGUAUGCCACGGCGCUUCAGCAAGCAGGAGGCAUCGCCGCGCUGACCAUGUACGCCACAAUUAUCUACGAAUCUCUAGGCUGGAACGCAGGCCACCAGGCGCUGGCGAUCAACGGCGUGCAGGCUGCCCUGCAGCUCGUCAUCGUGCUCGUCAACACGUUCACGGUCGACCGCUUCGGCCGCAAGGCGCUGCUGAUCGCCGGCUUCGCCAUCCAGGCGGCCGCGCUGCUCAUCCUCUCCAGCCUGACCACCGCCUUCCCCGACAACUCGAACAGGGCGGCCGGCGUGGCCGAGGUCGCCAUGCUCUUCAUCGUCGGGCUGACGUACUGCUGGUCCAACGGGCCCAUCACGCCGGCCAUCGCGUCCGAGAUCUUCCCGCAGGAGGUCCGCGACAAGGCCUUCGGACUGAGUCUGCUGGGGCAGACGGUGUGUCUGCUGGCUCUCACGCAGCCGUGGCCGACGUUCACCAGUGAGGUUGGCGGCAAGAGCUAUUGGUUGUUGUUUGGGUUGAAUACCCUGCUGCUGGUCUCCGUCAUUUUCAUCCUGCCAGAGACAAAGGGCAUAUCCCUGGAGAGAAUGGAUAAGAUCUUCGGCGAAGUUGAUGCUGUCGAGGUGGGCGAGGAACAAGGCGUGGACAAGGUGGAGGCCAUGGUGGUCUCGCAGCUGGAGCACGAGGAGAACGCCCGCCACGAGGGCAUGGAGCUACCUAGGCUCUAGCCACGGGAUAACUAACGAUAGUGGUACCAACCGGUAGCCUGCUGUCGUGAGUCAAGCCCUGCCCUCAAAAGGUGGGUGGCAUAGCAUUCCGGGUAGUCAAAGGAAAGCGUAGGUACCUAUGCUCGGGGUAGGAAUAAGACGUGUAUCAUCAUCUUUGCCACGCCCGUUCUUGGCUGUCUGUAAAACAAACUAUGCAUAAUACGACAGGAUUGGUUGCCGCGGAGCGGUAUGCUGGACCUCCAUCUCUACAACCACA